AUGCCGAAGAGAAAACUAGCUUCGAAUAAGGAGAAUAGCAGGAGUACGUUCUCUCACAAUGACUUGACCCCACAAAUACAGGAAUUUCAAAACCUAAUGGAUCUGGAAUCACAGAAAGUGGAGACUAUCAAACAGUCGUAUUCGAGACAGAACUCCCUAUUGGCCAGAGAUAACUCCAUACUAAAAAUUAAAGUCAAUGGCUUAGAGAAAAAAAUAAGCCAGCUGGUACAAGAAAAUGUGACUCUUCGAUCCAAAACAUCUAUAAGCGAGGCUAUCUACAGGGAGCGGUUAAGUAAUCAACUACAAAUCAUUGAAAACGGAAUUAUCCAAAGGUUUGAUGAAAUUUUUUAUAUGUUUGACAAUGUUCGUAAAAAUGAAAAUUUACCUAGUUCAAGUUUAAAAUCCCUGUUGAAGAGACCCAAUUCCAGGUCAAGAUCAUGUUCAUUAUCGUCACCCACAUACUCGAAAAACUACCCCGAGCAGCUGAAUUAUCAGAAUAGUUCAUCACAUGAAUCAAGUUUCAAUAAAGAUGACGGUCAGAAUCUCGAGCCCAAGGCUAAAAAAAGGAAAAGUUCUAGGCGGCAAUCCAUGUUUAUAUCUACGAGUUUACAGUCUGAUGAUGAGAUCACUGAGAGGGAACCAAUAACGAAAGAACCUUACGCAGCUGUACCUACUGAAUUACGGGAGACUACACAGCUUGAAGAAGCAAUGGAUCCGUUAAAUAUUGGGGAAGAAGAUAACGAUUCAACUGGAAACUUUACCAAUUCCAUUAUAGAAUAUUCCAUACCAGAGGAAAAUUCCAUAGAACCCGAGCAUUCAUCUUCUAAACUAGAAAUAUUCAAUGAUAGCAUGAAUAUGAUAAGUGCCGCAUCAUCGAGCACUCUAUCAUCACCUUUACCGGCUUCCUCAGCUCCUUUUCCUGCUUCCACUGCCGAUACUGCAGCCACUUCUUCUUCAUCGAAUUCUUCUACAAGCUCUCAUCCAAAGACCAAGAUCAAACAUUCUAUGAAGCCACCUAGGAUAGAAUUGAAGAAAAAAAUUAUCGACGAAGUCAUGCCCAUGAGUAAUAUGAGUAGCAGCAGUGAAAUUACGUUUGCUAGAACAAGAAGAACUCGCGGUAAAGCUGUGGAUUACACAUUACCAUCACUAAGGGCCAAAAUGAGAAGGCCUUCAGAAAAGCUAGUGGAUGCUACUACCAUGAUUGAUAUACACGAUUUGCAAGUUUCUAAAAGAAAUCGGGAGACUGCAAAUAGCAGGAGAAGUUUGUCCCAUGAUUCAAUACCCGAUGAGCCGCAAUUAAAAGAAGUAGUCGUCUCUAAAGAUUAUGGAACUCCAAAGGUAAAGGAAACAGAAAAGCAAGUACCCAACGAUUGCACUCCCCUGAUAACGACUAUUGACAACAAUAGCAACAACAAAAUAAGUAAUAGCAAUAAUCUCCAAAAAUCUUCGCCUUUACUCGAUAUUACUAAUAAAUCAGAGAAUAAGAGAAGGCCAGUGAGGACUAAAAAACUGUUUAAAAAUGCGAUUGUCAAUAAUCUAUCUGAUGAAAAUUCUACCACGCGACGUUCGAAGUUGUCAAAAGGAAUCAUCAAUAAAAAUAUGAACAGUAACGGUGACUCUAAUUUCAACAGUGUUAAUAGUAAAUCUGUUAGCUUUAGAUUGAAGGAAGACGAUUUAGCAAUAUUUGACCUAUUUGGAAGCGAUAAGAAACAUCAACCAAAAACAUAUCGCACCAAAAAAUGA